UUUUUCAAAAAUCAUUCUUCAAUUACGCACCUUUCUUUCUCUCCUCAAAACCCAAAAUCAGUUUCGCUUCCAAGAAGGAGAGAAGGAGAAUUUCUGAGUUCCUUCAAAAUGCAGUUCGCUUUACUCGACGAUUCGCCGAUGUUCCGCCAGCAGAUGCAGUGCUUGGAGGAAUAUGCUGAAUCAUUGAGGGGGAGAUGUUUAAAGUUUUACAAAGGAUGUCGAAAAUACACGGAAGGGCUUGGAGAAGGAUAUGAUGGUGACAUUGCUUUUGUAAAUGCACUUGAGACUUUUGGAGGGGGGCAUAAUGAUCCUAUUUGUGUUGCUUUUGGAGGCCCUGUCAUGACCAAAUUCACAAUUGCUUUGAGAGAAAUUGGGACAUACAAGGAAGUGCUUCGGUCUCAGGUAGAGACCAUGCUAAAUGAUAGGUUGCUGCAGUUUGUCUCUACUGAUCUGCUUGAUGUCAAGGAAGCUCGAAAACGUUUUGACAAGACCUCCCUUAUCUAUGAUCAGGCACGAGAGAAGUUUCUGUCCUUAAGGAAAAGCACCAGAACUGAUAUAGCUACUGCCAUAGAAGAGGAAAUGCAUGCUGCAAGAUCCUCAUUUGAGCAAGCUCGCUUCAAUCUUGUUAGUGCUCUCUCUAACAUUGAGGCCAAAACAAGGUUUGCGUUUCUAGAGGCUGUUAGUGGAACAAUGAGUGCUCAUCUUCAAUUCUUUAAGCAGGGAUACGAGCUAUUGCAUCAGAUGGAACCUUUUAUUUACCAGGUGUUGGCCUAUACUCAACAGUCAAAGGAAUGUUCCAACUAUGAACAAGCAUCUCUUAAUGAAAGGAUGCAGGAGUAUAUUAGGCAGAUUGAUCAAGAUAAUAGGCAGUGUUUAAAUGGGUCUCUUCAUUCCCAGGCAGUAGAUUGUAUCAGACCAUUCCCCAGGAGUUCACAGAAAGUGAUUGAGGCAGUUAUGGAAUCCGCUGCAAAUGGAAAGGUUCAAACAAUUCGACAAGGAUAUCUAUCAAAACGUUCAUCAAAUUUGAGGGCUGACUGGAAGAGAAGGUUUUUUGUUCUUGAUAGUCGAGGAAUGCUGUAUUACUAUCGCAAACCAUUGCCUUGGUCUUCUACAACUGGCAAUCAAUCUCCUAAACAAAGGAGUAGCAACUCUGAAAAUGGUACUGGGCUGCUAGGGCGAUGGCUUUCUUCUCAUUACCUUGGCAGUGCACAAGAUGAAAAAUCUGUUGCACGCCACACUGUAAACUUGUUGACAUCAACAAUUAAGGUUGAUGCAGAUCAAUCAGAUUUAAGGUUCUGUUUCAGAAUUAUAUCACCAACAAAAAUCUACACAUUACAGGCAGAGAAUGCACUAGACCAGAUGGAUUGGAUUGAGAAAAUAAAUGGAGUAAUCACUUCACUAUUAAGUAUCCAGACAACCGAAGGGUGUGUCUCAGCUAGCCCUAAGGGAAGUGGUGGUAAUUGUUCUGCCAGUGACAGCAGCUCUUUAGUAGAUUCCUCUGAUGCUUAUCAGUCAGCAGUAGGGGAACAGAGAUUUAAGAAUUUUGGCUCUGGAAACCACUUAGACACUUCUAGAAGUUUACACAACCAAGAAUUUGGUGCAAAGAGCAAAAAAACGAUUGACAUUUUGACAAGGGUACCUGGGAAUGAUAAAUGUGCUGACUGUGACGCACCAGAACCAGACUGGGCAUCCUUAAACCUUGGUGUACUUGUUUGCAUUGAAUGCUCUGGAAUUCAUCGUAAUCUUGGUGUACAUAUAUCAAAGGUAAGAUCACUGACACUUGAUGUAAAAGCAUGGGAACCAUCAGUCUUAGCUUUGUUUCAAUCUUUGGGCAACACCUACGCAAACUCAAUCUGGGAGGAGUUGUUGCACUCAGGAUGUUCUUUUUCAACUAACAACGUGACAGGGGGUUCUUCCAAAUCUGAGAGACACAAACAACUCCUUACAAUGAAACCUAGGCACAAUGAUCCUCUUUCAGUAAGGGAGUUGUUCAUUCACGCCAAGUAUGCAGAAAAAGCUUUUGUUUGCAAGAUGAAAUACAAUCAGCAUAUCCUUACAGUGGCACGAGAGAUGUGGGAAAGUGUCAGUGCUAAUGACAAGAAGGCUGUUUACCGCCAUAUUGUUUGCUCCAGAGCAGAUGUCAAUGCCAUCCAUGGGCCUGCAUCAUGUUGUACACCCUUUUCUCCGGCUGGAGUGUUUAACUUGAAAAAGAAUGAAACUCUUGAUCAAUAUUUGGAUUGCUUUUCAGGUUCUCUGGAAAAGGCCUCAAGCUGUGAGAACUCAACAAAGAACAGUGAGGAGCAGCUCAUAUUGGAUUGUUCUGAUUGCUGUUCUCUACUUCAUCUUGCCUGCCUAACUGCAGACAUUGCCAUGGUAGAGCUACUCCUUCAUUAUGGUGCAAACAUAAAUGCAUGUGAUUCAGGAGGCCGGACACCCCUUCAUUAUUGCAUUCUCAGCAGAAAACCUUCAAUCGCAAAAUUGCUAAUUUCAAGAGGAGCAGAUACACAAGCUGUUGAUGCAGGAGGUCACACUGUUCUGCAGCUUGCAUCAGCAUCGGCCUUCAAUGAUGAUGAGGUAACUGCACUCUUAACAAACACAAAUAGAUAGAAUAUAAGCAAGCAAAGAACAGAAGAUCUAAAACAGAAGGGAAGGAUGGCCUUUCUAUGAAAAGCUUAAAACCUCAGAAAACCAUAACUCAGAAACAGUAGUUACUGUACUUUUCUUAGCGGAAAAGUCGAUGGGCUGCCUUGCUGGGUGAUCUGCAUCUAUAUGCUUUGCUCAAUUGUAUGUUAUUCUUCUAAUUUUUCUUUCCAUUUGAAAGAUAAUACAGUCAUCACUUAGGGUAUUGAAAUUAGUUUUGUUAAUAGGGUGCAAUUCAUUUUGCUGAUGAACUGAGUUUUGGAGAGUUGUUGUAAGCCAUUGGUGUUGUACAUAGCUAUUGGCUUUUGGAAAUUGCAUUGUCAACAAAGAAGUUGAACUCAA